AUGCGCCGUCCAUUCACCAAGAGACCAGAGGAUAAUACCUCUCCGGUUGAAUCGCUAUCAGAGAAAGACCUCGACCUCGGAUCUUACGCGGAAAAGAACCUAGGAGGCUUCGGAAUAUUAUGUACGGGGUUUAAUAUCUGCAACAGCUGGGCGGGCCUGGCUGCCACCCUGGCAGUGGGCAUUGCCCAAGGAGGCACAGUGACUUUGCUAUAUGGCCAGAUUUUGAUCUUCGUUCUGAUCGGCCUCGGUUCGACCGCCACGCUGGCGGAGUUGACCAGUGUUUACCCGACUGCCGGUGGCCAGUACCAUUGGACGUCCAUCUUGGCGCCGAAGAGUACCAAUCGAGCGCUGAGCUACUUCUGCGGCGCUGCCAACAUAUUCGGAUGGCUCUCCAUAUGCACCGGGGUCGUCAUACAGCCAGGGCAAUUCAUCUCAGCCAUGGUCGUCUUCUUCAAUCCAGACUUUGAGCCACAAGCCUGGCAUAUCUUUUUGAUAUAUCAAGCGGUCAACAUUCUCAUCUUGCUAUAUAACAUCUAUCUGAUGAAGCGGACGUCCUGGAUUCAUGAUGUUGGGUUUGUCGUCUCCCUCAGUCUAUUCAUCAUCAUCACCAUCACCUGUGCGACGCGGGCACCAGGCCACAAUUCCAGCACUUUCGUUUGGACCAACUUCGUCAACGACUCCGGGUGGAGCUCCGAUGGAAUUGUCUUCCUGACAGGACUGGCCAACCCCAAUUUCAUGUAUGCAGGUAUCGACGGGGCUAUCCACCUAGCAGAAGAAUGCUCGAACGCAGUCACCACCGUACCGCUGGCUCUAUUCAGCACGAGUCUGAUCGGCUUCGUCACUGCCUUCGCCUUUUCCAUCUCAAUGGUAUACUCCUUAGUCGACCUAGACGCAAUCAUCAACACUCCUACCGGCGUCCCCAUCUACGAAAUCUGGUACCAAGCGACAAGAUCCUCCACCGCAGCAACAGUCUUCCUAGCCGGCCUCCUCGCCGUCUCCCUCUUCGCCCUAAACGGCUGCGUCCAGACAGCCUCGCGUCUCACCUGGUCCUACGCGCGCGACAAUGCCCUGCUCGGAUCAUCCUACAUCGGCCAGCUUCACCCGCGCCACAACGUGCCUGUCUGGGCCCUCGUUGCCAACUCCGCCGUGAUAUUCAUCAUCGGAUGCAUCUACCUCGGCUCGGACACUGCGUUCCACGCAUUCGUUGGAACAGGCCUCCUCCUCCAGCAGAUCUCUUUCGCUGUCCCGGCCGCGUUGCUGCUCUAUCAUCGUCGGUCGACGAAAUAUCUUGCGAAGAAAAGACGGGUUCGAUUGGGGUUAAUGGGGUGGAUUGCUAACGCUUUGACUGUGGGGUUUGCGUUCAUUACGUUGGUGUUUUAUUGUUUCCCGACGGAGGUCCCUGUGACGGGGAGUUCAAUGAAUUACACUGUCGUUGUGAUCGGUUGCAUGGCGCUAUUUUCCCUCUUGAAUUGGGUGGUACAUGCUAGACGCGUCUACCAAGGGCCUCGACUUCCGGAGGGUAUGUAA